AUGGCUGCACACAAUCUCCCAAUCAGCUACUGUAUUGUCUGCGAUGGCAUGCAAAUGGGUGUCCGCGUGAGAAGACUCGAGAUCGCAAGUGAACGCGACCCCAAGUCGAUCGCCGCAUGGGCGACGGGGCAGGUGGGUCUCGAAUGGACAACACGUCUCGGAAAGAGUAGUGUAGGAAGUCCACCUGCCAGGUGGACGAAUGACCUGAGAAAGCUUGGAAGAGUACCGGUUGGUGUGAUGCUACCGCCGCGCUACGCCACCCUACCGCUGCCGGCGCCCUACGCUGCCCACGCCCCCCACGCCCCCCACGGCCCCCAUGGUCCCCACGCCCCCCAUGGCCCCCACGCACCUCACGCCUCCCACGGUGCGCCUGUACCGAUCUACUACCCGAUGCACGAAGCCCGCGCGCGGCGGCGUCGCUCCGCGCUGGCGGGGCGGGAGAGGCGGCGCGUGGCGAGGGAGCGGGAGUCGCUCACCCGCUCGCUGGAGCGGAUCCACCGCAAGCGACGAGCGGAGCGCGAGCGGCCCACGGACGCGGACCUAAAGCGGACCUACACCGGCCUCGACAGAGCGUACGCAGAGCAGUUCAUAGCGGUCUGCGACGAGAGCCGUCACGCCGCGGAACACCACGACUCCCUCGCCAGCACUGCCACCAGCGACACCACGAACCCACGC